CCGGUCCCAAGUUCCCCAAAUAAAAUAUUACAUUAAUUUAAUCAAUUAGUUCAAUUAAUAAGAGAAUAAUAUGUUAAACGAACCAGAUACUUUUUCUGACAUGUUCAGAAGCGGCAUACCUUAUAUUCUUCUAAUAGCUCUACCGGCGCUCAUAUGUUGUUCACCUGUAAUGGCAAGCGAAUUCGAAGUUAUGUCCAUGUCCAAAUUCGACGUCAAUGGGCAACAUUUUGGUAGCCGGGUAUCUUCAAUAUCCUUAGAAGCGAGAUCAUUGUAUUCCUGGAAUACUUCAAGACAUUGUGUUCUUACACGAUUAAUUAAUUUGUCGGUUAAUGAUUUUGACAAAAUACGCCAAGGUGCAGGAGGCCUUAUUGUUAUGUUGCCGCCGAAUAUUUUGGAAUUGGACGUUGAGGUCAAAGAGCACAUAACUAUUUUAGAGCAAGAAAUGCUCGCACAUACUGGGACUGUGCCAAUUUAUUUCGCCCCAUUUAAUAUAAAUUUGGAAAAAAUAAUUGACGACAUCACUCAUACAACUUUAAAAGCUUUUAGCCAAAAUCAAACAUCGGUUGCACAAUUGAUUACGUCAGUUUCAGCCAAUGGAUAUCAUGCAACUGUAGGUGGUGCUAGCAACGUAGCGAACAAAAACAGCAAAAUACCUAUCAUCUACGGCGAGUUGGCACCGAAUCAAUUACUUUUAAAGCCCAAUGAGAACGCUGUCGAUGGACAAAAAUUACCAGUUAUAUUAAUAACGGCAACUCUCAAAACAUUUGGUGUAUUUAAUGAGUAUCCUGUUAAUUCUGAUGUAACAGUCUUACUGGCGCUUGUAGAACUGUUAAGUAAGCUGCAUUCGACAACAAAAAUGGCACCAAACUACCGUCUGCUUUUCUUGAUUUCGGAUACCGGACUCCUUCUAAAUUUCCAAGGAUCAAAGAAAUGGCUUGAAAUAGACGAUAAUUCCGCUCUGCAGAAUGUCGAAUUUGUGCUGUGCUUGGAUACCAUCAUAGAAAGUAUAUCGUCCAAUCCAGAUAUGGCUAUUUAUAUGCAUGUCUCUAAACCACCCAAGGAAAAAACGUCAAUAAGCCACUUUUUCAAGUUACUUAAAUCAUCGGCAGAGAAAUUUUCAUAUAACAUAACAGUGGAAGGUGUCCACAAGAAGAUCAAUUUAGCCGAUACAAAACUUGCGUGGGAGCACGAGCGAUUCAGCAUAAAACGUUAUCCUUCUUUUACCUUAUCUUCACUGAAAAGUCAUAGAAGCCCAUCCCGAACAACAAUAUUCAAGGAUGACGAAACACGUAUCUUAGAACACACGCUUAAAGCUUCAAGAAUAAUUGCAGAAGCCCUGGCUAGUUUCAUAUACAAAAUGGAACCAACGUCCAGUAUUUUUGAUGGUCAAUUUGCCAUAAAAGAAGAAAAUAUCUUGCCAUAUUUUGGAAUCAAAUCAGUGUUGCAUAACAAUGAUGUUAAAGAUGCUUUUGAAAAGUAUCUUAACAAUGUUAAAGUCAUAUAUGAUAAAGCUGAUAGUCGAGAUCCUGAUUUUAUGUUCUACAACGAAAAUGAUGUGAAACUGAAUGUUUACAGGGUUAAACCAGCGAUUUUUGAUAUUUUCCUAACUAUUUUAAUAGGGUUUUAUUUAUUAAUUGUAUUCCUUGGUAUACAAUACUUUCCGCUCUUCUACAAUAUAGUUUCGAAACUUACAAGAGAUGAGACUUCACAACAAACUAAUGGACACUACACUGAACGACUAAAGUAUAAAUGAAAAUUCUUUAAACGUCAAUAUCAAUCAAAUUGUGCUAAAUCAAUAUACAAUUAAUAGGAGAAAUUUAAAUAAAGUUUAAAGUAUAAAUCUU